AACAAUUGUAGAAUUGUGAUAAAAUAUCAAUCAGUUGGUGACUCGAAUCGAUCGAAGUGUUCGACUGGCACACAAUUCCAAGCGAGACGAGAGUGCAUCGUGUGGCCAGAUUUUAGAUUUGCAAACGCAGCAGCAUCGGCAUCCUCAUCGUCGUUCAUUGGAUUCUUAAAAACGUUGCUCAUUUCGAUUUUCGUUUAUAGUUGGUCUACUCGCAGCCGCCGCCAUCGCAAAGUGAAUCCGCACGAAAAACGCAACGCAUUGAUUUUAUGAAAUUAUUAUUCCCCAAAAAAUUAUGAAAUGUAAAAAAUUCAAAUAGCAAAAAAACCCGCAUGAAAUUAUUUGAAAACCAAAAAAGGCCAGAAGGAGAAGAGGAAGAAGAAGUCAACUAACAACUCAAAUAUCAAUAAUAACGGGAAAUUUAAAAUGGAAACGGCAUUUGAUAUUUUAGUUGUUAAUAAGGAUUUUAAAUCAGAAGCCAGCGAUUCGGUUACCCUGCAACGUGGUGAUAUUGUUGAGGUUCUCAAAACUUCUUCCGAAACGACGACGUCGACGACGACUGAGAGUAGUAGUUUAAAAAAAGGUGUUCAUGACAGUGAUAAAACAGCCAAAUGGUUAGUGCGCGUAUUCGGUGACAAUGCCAAAGAGGGUUGGGUGCCGCGUGACAUUUUGGAGGAUAGUUCUGUGUCGUCAAUGCUGAAUGGCAACGAUAAAGAAAGUGCCGAAUUACAAAAGAAGGCCGUUAUACGAGAACUUUUAGAUACUGAGGAGGAGUACGGUAGAGAUUUACAAAAUGUUGUAGAUCGUUAUAUCAAGGCCGUUGAUAGUGCCACAGCACCGAGGACCGUGCGUGAUAGUAAGGAUAUCAUAUUUGGUAAUUUCCAACAAAUAGCCGAAUUUCACAAUAAGGUAUUUAACGAUGGCGUCAAAUACUAUGCGGACAAACCGAAUAUGGUUGUCAAGACCUUUUUGCGAUUGGAACGAGACUUUGAUAUGCAUGUCAAGUAUUGCAAAACCGAACCGUUGGCUCAAGAAUUUCUAACAUCGAAUCGAGAGGCUUUUACAUUUUUUCAGGAAAUUUCGACUAGAUAUAACGACGAGAAAUCUUUAAGUGAUCAUUUGAAAUUGCCCAUUCAACGAAUUAACGACUAUCAGCUCUUGUUGAAGGAUUUGCUUAAAUUCUCACUGAGCUUAAAAGAAAACAUCAAAGAUAUCCAAAAAGCUUUAGAGUUAAUGCUUAGCGUCCCCAGCCGGGCCUACGACAGUGCUCUGCUCAACAGCAUCGAAGGAUAUCGCGGGAAUAUUGGAAAAAUCGGACGUCUGCUACAACACGAGUGGUGGACGUUGCUGGACAAGGAGGGUAAGGCCCACGACCGUUACGUCUUUCACUUCAAGUCCCGCCUGCUCAUCUGCAAGGUGCGCAAGGUCAGUGACCAGAAAUCGAUAUUUGCCCUCCAGGAACUGAUCAAGCUACCCGAGUGCGUGGUCGAGGAGGACGAGGUACAGAAUUUGAUACGCUUUCAAGCCAAGCCAAAUGCAAAGGAUUGUGGGAAUUUACCGAUUUGCCUGAAACCCCACAAGGACGACAAGGAGUUGAGACACAAGUGGUACAACGAGAUCUGUUCGCAUCUGGAGAAAGAGGUUACUCUGCAGGAGCAUAGAGCCGACGACAUACGUCUAGACUCGACACAAGUUCUGGAGGAUACCUCCCUGGGAUUGCCACAAAAGGCGGAAGCAUAUAAUCCCGACAGCAGUGUCAGGGCCUCAGAUGUGGCCAAGGACUACUUCCUAACCAAGGAGGAGAAGGAACGUUACCAGGCCGAAUAUCAAGAGCUUUUGCGUUUGGAACAGGAAUCCAUAGAGCUCUACAAUCGUACGAAGUUGGUGCAAAAAUCCAUUGCCUCCAAUCAGGAAGUUAACACCACACAGCAACAACAACAAAGAUCGGAAGUGGUUACCACCCAGGUGGUACAAAAAUCGGAUGGUGUGCAACAAACCACAACCACCCAGAGCCAAUCACUGCAGGAACAACAAAAACUGGUUACCCACAACGACAAAAUUGUAGACCAACAACAGGAAAGGAAUAUCUCUGCCAGUCAGGAGACCAAAACGGAAAUUGUAGCCCCCAAAGCUCCAGAGCCACCAAAGGCGGAAGAACCCAAGGCAAAGGAGAAAAUAAAAAGUCCCGAACCAGUUAAAAAGGAAACACCCAAGAAAUCAACACCCACACCACCACCAAGCUCAAAGGGUAUUAAAUCGCCGGAACCCAAAAAGGAAACCGCUCCUGCUGCUCCUAUCACCACCAAACCCACACCCUCUGCCACUGCUGCUCCAACUCAGGCGGAUUUGAAAAAUUCCACUGAAACUCAAGUCCAGCAGACCAGCGAUACCAAAGUCCAAACGGUACAAAAGUUUGCCGAAAACAAACAGGCCACCGAGGCUGAGAAGGCCCUGGAGGCCAAGCUACGGGAGCUGAAAGAAUCCACCCAACAACAAAGUGCCGCUGAAGCCGCUAAACAGGCCUCGGAAAUCAAACAAAUUGCCGAGGACCACAAAAUCUUUGAGGCCAAGCUAAAGGGAUUCAAGGACACUGCACAGCUGCAGAAGACCACCACUGAAGUUCAGCAGCAACAACAAGAAACACUUAGCCAAAACAUUACAGCCUCCACCACCACAGCCACCACCAAAACCCUUGAAACCACUACCCAACAACAACAAGAGGUAGCCCAGACCACCGAACAACAGACAACGGUUGGGUCCGCCGAAAACAGCCAAUCAUCGCAGUUGCCCGAAGCACCCGAAAAUCUUGGUAAGAACGAAAUGCCUGAACCAUCCCCCGCUCCAGCUUCUUCUGUGGACCCCCAGCCCAUAGUUCUGCCACGCAUUACCGUUACACAGGAGCUGGUACCCCGCCACAAACCCAUAGAGCUUAACGACAUUGCCGGCUAUCAGGAAUCCCUGCGCCAGACGGCCGGUGGAGAGGGAAGCUCCGCCGGCGGUUCGGGCGGCAAUGUCUACACCAUACGCGACAGCACCUCGCUUGCCCAAUGGAACAACCGCAUGGCUAGCAUUCAACAGAGCCAUGAUGGCUUUAGUGAUGGUUCCGAGCCUCCCUUGCCACCCCUGCCCCCGCACUAUUACCGCAUGCCCGGCUUUUUCCAACCGCUGCCACGCAUAGCCUAUGAAACGUCCAUAGAAAUUUUGUUGGUCAAAUCGGUACCGCUACCACCGCCACCCAUCACCCUCAUACCCCGUGUGGUGGUCCACAAUGAGGCCUUGGAAAUGAAAUCGGCCAAUUUCCUCGAGGGUAUCUAUGUCACGGAUGAUUUUGACAAUUCCCUGAGAAAUGCCAAAAAGAAAAUCCGUUCCAUCAAAUCGACGGUGAUGAAGUCGAAAGACUCCACCAAAUAUGCCGUGGACACGGUGAACAAGGCCUCAUCGCGUGAUUUCAUCCACAUUUUCACGCCGCCCAUAAAACACAAGCGACCCAUUUACGAAAUUGUCGAAGAGCCAUCGCGCCUAAGCGACUACGAAGAUGAAUAUCCCGAGUCACUGUACAGCGGGGUUCGCACCCGCGAACAUAGUGUGGCCCGCACCGAGGACUAUUUGUCGGUGACAUCGCGUCGUCAACGCGACAGCAGUAGACCACGCGAUUUUUCGAGAGGAGCUUCCUACGAUAGUCUAGCCGAUGUAGAUGCAUUAAAGGCACCAAGAAAUGCAUUAGUUGGCAGCUCACUUACACUGCGUCCUGAAAGUCAAUUAGAAGAUCGUCCUUAUUCCCGUCUCUCUGUAGCAUCCAAUCGCACCAUCGGAGCACGCUCCACCACAUCCUUAAUGAUGGAGGGCCGUGCACCAAAGUCCAUUGAGAAACCUGUCGUCAUCCGUAUGCUCAGAUGCGUACAGGUUCAACCUGGCGAACCCGCCCAUUUUGAAAUCCAAUACAAAGAAAAACCUGGCAAAGUAACUUGGCUAAAAGACAACAAACCCUUGGAUGACGUAUUAGCCGAUCGCAUACAACAAACCGAGGCUCCAAUGAAUUCGUAUCGUUUGGACAUUAAAAAUUGCAGUGAACGCGAUACUGGCGCCUACACUGCUAAGGCCAGCACCGGUGCUGAGGUCACCACAUGUACCGCCCAAUUGGCGGUAGGCCAAGCUGCUGGCCACGAUGAGAGCCAGACCAAUGUGGCUCCAAUUUUCCUCUGCAGCCUUAAGGAUGCCGAAAUGUUGGAAAAUACCCAGUUCCGUUUCUUGAUUAAGAUUAUGGGCGAUCCCAAGCCCAAAGUGCAAUUCUUCAAGGACGGCCAAGAAAUCCUGGAAUCGGAUCGCAUCAACAUUGUCCGGGAAAAAGACUAUUUGGGUUACUAUGAACUGGUAAUCAAUGAAGUAUACAAGGAAGAUGCCGGAGCCUAUAUGUGCAAGGCCGUCAAUAAAUUUGGUGAGGCCUUGUGUGAGGCCCAGGUGACCACUGUGGAGGACAAAAAUCCUUUCGGCUCCCUGGCUGGCCAAAUCCUACAACCCGGCGAGAAGCCAGUCUUCCAAUGGAAACGCAAUGGCGCUCCCUUCGACCCCGAAGAACGUUUCAAGGUGUUGUUCGGCGAGGAUGAAGACUCCCUAGCCCUGGUCUUCCAACAUGUCAAGCCCGAGGAUGCCGGCAUCUAUACUUGCGUUGCACAGACCAGUACUGGUAAUAUCUCCUGUAGUGCCGAGCUUUCGGUUCAAGGCUCCGUACAGACGCUGUACCGGGAACCCGAGAAACCCACCCUGGUCAUUGAACAUCGCGAAGCUAACACGCACGUAGGAGGCACUGCCAUAUUGGAAAUGCAAUGCAAGGGCUUCCCCAAGCCGGCCGUGCAGGUCAAGCACGAAGGUCAGAUCGUGGAGAUCGACGAACGCCACAAGUUCCUGUACGAGAGCGACGAAAGUAUGUCUUUGCUAAUCAAGAAUGCCACCACCGAAGAUGCUGGUCUCUACACCAUCCACGCCAUGAACGAGUUGGGCGAAGAUAGUUCGGAGAUCACUUUGGUGGUUAAGGCACCUCCGAAAAUUAAGAAGGUCAAAGACAUAGUUUGCAAUGUGGAGGAGACGGUGAGGGUCGAAGUGGAGGUUGAGGGUUAUCCCAAGCCCAUUUUGAAUCUCACCAACAACGGCAAGGACAUUACCACGGAGAAGAAUGUUAAGAUUAGCUCCACCACGGUGGGCAAGAGUACCGAAAAGGUCACCAUUGAAAUCGAGAAGAUUAAAUUGUCCCAGGCCGGCAACUUCUCGCUAAGGGCCACCAAUGAUCUGAGUCAAACCUCUGAGUACUGGAACUGCACGGUCCACUCGAAGCCGGUGUUUGUGAAGAGCCUGGAGGAGGAGUAUGUCCAUGGUGAAAAGGAAACGGUGCUCAUGAGUUGCCGCAUUGAUGCCUAUCCCGAGGCCAAGCUGACCUGGUACCAGGAGGGCAAACAAAUCACCAUUGACAACACCAAAUACUCGGUGAUUCAGGAUGGUAAUUCGUAUACCCUGAAGAUCACCGGUGUGACCCGGGUCGAUGCGGGAGAAUAUUCCGUCAAGGCGGAGAAUGAACAUGGCUCCACCACCAGCAAAACCAAUUUGCUCAUCAAGUGCACCCCCGAGAUCACCAAGAAUCUGAAGAACAUCAUUGUCACCGAGGGUGACACCGAUGUGACCCUGAAUGUGGCCGUCGAUGCCUAUCCCAAGCCGGGCAUCAAGUGGUACAUUGAUGGCAUUGAAAUCGAUGAGAAGCGUAACGAGUUCCGUCGCCAAGAGGAGGGUAACGAUUACAAACUGAUUAUGAAACAGGUGACCACAGCCCUGCAGGGCACCUAUUCCGUGGUCAUUAUGAAUGACUAUGGCAAAUUGCAGAAUGAGUGCAUUGUCACAGUGAAUUGCAAACCCAAGAUCAAGAAGCAAUUGAAGGACAUUGAAAUCGAGGAGGGCCAUACCCUGACCUUGGACACCGAAAUCUAUUCCGAACCCGAGGCCACUGUCAAAUGGUACAUCAACGACCAGGAAUGUUCGGCUGAUGCCCGCCUAAAGAUCAGCCACAAUACCAAACGCUAUGAGGAGUAUAACUUGACAUUGAAUUUGUGCAAACCCCAGGAUACGGGUGUCUAUGAAGUCCGGGCCAAGAAUUUGGUGGGCGAAAGUGUAUCCAAGUGUCAAGUCAAUGUUUUGAGUGAGUUUUUGGGAAAUGAGAGAGAGAGAGAGGGGGAGAGAAAAUUAAUUAAUCGUGUGUUUGGUUUUGUAGCUCAACCCACCAUCGACCAUGUGGACAUUAUGGAAAUGCACUCCUAUGAAUCGGUGCCUCUGAAAUAUGAGGUCAUUGCCCAUGGUAUUCCCAAGCCAGAGGCUAUUUGGUACCAUGAUGGCAAGGAAGUUAAGCCGGAUGCCAAUACCGCCAUUGUUGUUGAGGGGGAUAAAUAUCGCUUGGAAAAGAAAUCUCUUAAGCUGGAAGAUGCCGGUACCUACAAGGUAGUCAUCAAGAACAAGGUGGGCGAAAAGUCCCACCAAGGUGUGCUCUCUUUGUCGGGUGUUGCCGAAUACCGCAAACCCAUUGUCAAGAAGGGUCUUGUCGAUAUCAGCACCCACAAGGGUAAACCCCUGCACUUGCCGGUGGUCUUUACCGCUGAUCCCGAACCCAAGAUGGUUUGGCUCAAGGAUGGCAAACCCAUUGAUACCAAUGAUCGCCAUAUCAAGAUCAGUGUGGAUAAAAAGGAAUUGCAACAUGGCCUGGUUGAGUACACCUGUACUCUGAACAUUGAUGAGACCAUCCACGAGGAUAACGGCCGUUAUGAAUUGCAAUUGGAGAACAAAUACGGCAAGGUCAAUGUUGGCUGCUUUGCUGAUAUUUUGUCGAAACCAGAAAUUAUUGGUCUCAAGGACCAGGGCUGCAUGCCAGGACAAACGGUGUGCUUUGACGUUGUGGUCAAGGCCAAUCCUAAGCCUAAGGUGACCUGGAGCCGUGGCAAUGAGAAUUUGUGCAACAAUGAGAAUUGUGAAGUCAUUGCCGAUGUUGAUGCCAACAAAUAUCGUCUGGUCUUCCAGACCGUGGCCUCCAAUGAUGGCGGUACCUAUACUUUGACAGCGGUCAAUAAUGAAGGCACAACUGCCCAGGACUUCCAACUCAAUGUUCAUGUUGAGAAGCCCACCUUCAUUACACCACCCGAAGAUAAGGUGGUUCAUGAUUAUCAUCCAGCUUUGACCGAGGUUGUGGUACAUGGUGUUCCAUUGCCUAAAAUUGAAUGGACCAAGGAUGGCAAACCCAUUGAUGCCAAUGCCAAGGAUAAGACCACUGGAGAACCCCUGUAUCGCAUUAGCCACAAAGUGGUGGCCAGUGAUCAAAUUGCCAGUGAAUUUGAAGUUUUGCAUUUCAACCUCUCCGAUAUGGCCAAAUAUGCCGCUGUGGCCACCAAUGACAUUGGCACCACGGAGGCGCCCUUCAAGCUGACCAUGAUGGAUUUGUCGCCGGUCUUUGUCAAGAAUUUGGAACCCACCAAGGAAGUACAUGAAACCGAACCAUUGGUCUUGCAAUGUGUCGUUGAUGGUAGCCCCCUGCCCGUCAUCCAAUGGUACAAGGAUAAUGAGGAGAUCAAACCAACCGGACACAUCAAAAUCACCACCACACCCCAGGGUCUGUGCAAGUUGGAAAUUGAGGAGUGUCAACCCAAUGAUUCCGGAGCCUACAAGCUGGCCAUUACCAAUGAGCAUGGCAAAAAGGUGGCCCUGUGUGCUGUGGCUGUCAGUCCCAAACCCCUGACUCCCAGCUUUGUGAAACCCAUCGAAGAUCAAAAGAUCACCGUUGGCGAGCCUUUGAAAUUGGAGGCCACUGUGGUGGGUUUCCCAGCCCCCGAAAUCAAAUGGUACAAGGAUGAGGUGUUGCUGCGUCCGAGCCAGGCUAUUAACUUUAUCAACAAUCCCAAUGGUCAGAUUGGUAUUAGCAUCGAUGCCACCACUCCCCAGGAUGCCGGCAUUUACAAGUGCGUGAUCAGCAACAAGGAGGGAGAAAUCAAGGGCGUCGCCAAGGUCCAGGUAUUGCCCAAGGAAACCAAACCCGAAUUUGUGGCCGAGUUGACAGAUGCCCGCAGCAUUGAAGGUUUCCCCGUCAAAAUGGAUGUCAAGGUUGUCUCCUACCCUGCCCCCGAGGUCAAAUGGUUCCACAAUGGCACAGAAUUGUCGCCCCAGGACAAGAAACAUCAUGCCAUUAUUGAAAAUCCCGAUCACACCUAUAGCCUGAUCAUUGAAAAGCCCUCCGUGGCCGAUUCGGGUCUCUAUGAGGUCAUUGCCACCAAUGUCAAGGGCAGUGCCGCCUCCAAGGCCAAACUAUUUGUGGCUCCCGUCACCGAUGAAAAUGCUGCCGAAGAGGCUCCCAGCUUUGUCUCCACCCUGCGCGAUGUCAAUGCCGAUGAGGGCCAGGAGCUGGCCUUAUCCGCUCCCUUCUUGGGCAAUCCAAUGCCCGAAACCAUUUGGACCAAGGAUGGUGUCCAACUGCAACCCAGUGAACGUAUCCUCAUGACCUGUGACGGCAAACAUGUCGGCCUGAUCAUCAAGCCAGCCGAAACUUCCGAUUCGGGUGUGUACAGCUGUUUGUUGGCCAAUCCUUUGGGUGAGGACACUUCGUCCUGUAACGCCAAUGUCCGCAAGGUGUACAAGAAGCCUGUAUUCACACAAAAGAUUACCGACCAACAGCAGGUAUACGGUGGCGAUGCCAAGAUAUCCGUCAGUGUAUCUGGUGUGCCAUAUCCCGAGCUGACGUGGUUCUUCAAUGACAAGCCCAUCACCGAUGGCGAUAAGUACUACAUGAAGCACGAUGGUGAUCAUCACACGUUGACGGUGAGGGACUGCAAUGAUGGCGACAAGGGGGUGUACAAAUGCAUUGCCACCAAUCGCGAGGGCAAGGAUAUUACCCAGGGCCGUUUGGAUAUUGUUAAUGAAAUCAAGAAACAUGCCCGCUCCGAACCUCCCGUAUUCCUCAAGAAGAUUGGUGACUGCGAUAUUUACCCCGGCAUGGAUGCCAAAUUCACUGCCAUGGCCACCGGCUAUCCCAAGCCCGAAGUUGAAUGGUUCAAGAAUGGCCAAAAACUCUUCCCCACCGAUCGCAUCCACAUCGAAACGGAGGGCAAUGGCCUGAUGCGUCUCUGCAUCAAGAAUGCCGAUGAAUCGGAUGUGGGCCGCUACACCUGCCGUGUCUUUAAUCCCCAUGGCGAUGAGCAAUGCGAAGCUGAGCUAUUGUUCGACACCGUUGAUAGCCCGCUGCAAGGUGCCAUUGCCGAUCAGUAUCGCGAUUAUAAGAAAUACAAACACACUGGUGUGCCCAACCCACUGCCCGAUGCCCCCGUCAUUCUCAAGAUGACCGAUCGUUAUUUGCAAUUGGCGUGGAAACCAUCGGUACCGAAUAUGCCACGUUAUCCCGUCACCUAUCAAGUGGAAAUGUUGAAUUUGCCCGAUGGUGACUGGCGUACCAUUCGCACUGGUGUGCGUAGCUGUGCCUGCAACGUUGGCGAUUUGGAACCCUUUAGGGACUAUCGUUUCCGUGUGCGUGUGGAAAAUAAGUUCGGCGUUAGUGAUCCCAGUCCAUAUAUACAGACAUAUAGAUCGAAACUGGUGCCAGAACCACCAAAGACAUACACAUACUUGGCUCCUGGUGUAGAUUUCAGGCCCGAAACUUCACCCUACUUCCCCAAGGACUUUGACAUUGAGUGUCCACCGCAUGAUGGUAUGGCUCAGGCUCCACAGUUCUUGCGUCGCGAAAACGAUGUCAGCUAUGGUGUGAAGGGACACAAUGCCGAAUUGAUGUGGUUUGUUUAUGGUUAUCCCAAGCCCAAGAUGACCUACUAUUUCGAUGAUAUGCUUAUUGAGCCCGGCGGCCGUUUCGAUUACAGUUACACGCGUAAUGGCCAGGCCACGUUGUUUAUUAAUAAGAUGUUGGAUCGUGAUGUUGGCUGGUAUGAAGCCGUGGCCACCAACGAACAUGGUGAGGCCCGCCAAAGGGUGCGCCUGGAAAUCGCCGAGUAUCCUCGCUUCACCAAACGCCCAGAGGAAACCUUUAUCAUGUCGCGCAAGAAUGGCCGCAUUGAGGCCCAUGUUGUGGGCAUUCCCCAUCCAGAGAUCCGUUGGUACAAGGACUGGCAACCAUUGGCCGAGACCACACGCAUCAAGAUGCGUUUCAUUGAACCCAAUGUCUAUAUUUUGUCCCUGAGCGAUUGCAUCCUCAAGGAUGGUGGUCUCUAUUCGAUCAGUGCCCGCAACAUUGCCGGCAGUGUCAGCUCCUCCGUUAUGGUGCACAUUGAGGAUAAUGAGGAUCAGUAUAUCUUCAAUACCUAUGGCCGUCAUCCUUAUGUCCGCCCGAAGAACUUCCGUUUCGAAGAUAAAUACGAUAUUGGCGAUGAAUUGGGUCGUGGUACUCAGGGUAUUACCUAUCACGCUGUGGAGAGAGCAACCGGUGACAACUAUGCCGCCAAGAUCAUGUACGGCAAGUCGGAGAUCAGACCAUUCAUGUUGAACGAACUGGAAAUGAUGAACAUGUUGAAUCACAAGAACUUGAUCCGCUUGCAUGAUGCCUACGAUACGGAGCGUAAUGUCACGCUGAUCAUGGAAUUGGCAGCUGGUGGUGAAUUGGUCAGAGAUAAUUUGUUGAGACGCGACUACUACCGUGAGAGAGAUAUUGCCAACUACAUUAGACAAGUUUUGUGGGGUCUGGAGCACAUGCAUGAGAACGGAGUUGGCCACAUGGGUUUGACGAUCAAGGACCUCCUCAUCUCUGUGGUGGGCGGAGAUUUCCUGAAAAUCUCCGAUUUUGGUUUGGCUAGACGCAUCCACACCCAUGCCUUGACCACCCUGGACUAUGGCAUGCCUGAAUAUGUCUCCCCCGAAGUUGUAAACAAGGAAGGUGUUAGCUUCUCCCACGACAUGUGGACUGUGGGUCUCAUCACCUAUGUCCUACUCUCCGGCCACAAUCCCUUCCGUGGCGCCAAUGACCGCGAAACUUUGCAACGAAUCAAGGAAGGCCAUUGGGAUUUCAGCGAUUCCAUUUGGACUCACAUCUCCGAUGAUGGCCGUGAUUUCAUUAAACGUCUCCUGGUCUACAGUCCCGAGGAGCGUAUGGAUGUCAAGACCGCUCUCAGACAUCCCUGGUUCUUUAUGUUGGACCGCAAGGUAUCCGACGAUGAGUAUCGCAUUAACACCGAUCGUCUGAGGAAUUAUUACAACGACUUCCGUGACUGGUAUGCCAAUGCCUCGUGCAAGCAUUACUUCCGCCGUCGUCGUUUGAGCGGUUGCUGGACUCAUCCCUCGAAAAUGGUCUAUCCACCUGGAUUGGUCUACACGCCGGAGGCAACACCCGAACGUACACCCGAACCUCGUGUUCGCACCAAACGUGUUGAAACCUAUUCGAAAUUCUUGCAUCCAGAUUAUGAAUUGGGUAUUAUACAAUCGGAGAGUCACUAUCAAUAUGGUCCCGAUACCUAUUUGCUGCAGCUACGUGAUGUUAGCUUCCCGGUACGCUUGCGUGAAUACAUGAAGGUGGCCCACCGCCGAUCACCAUCUUUCGCAGCCAACGAAAGCUUGGAUUGGUCCUUGCCAAUUAUUCGUGAACGUCGUCGUUUCACCGAUAUCAUGGACGAAGAAAUCGAUGAUGAACGUACCCGCAGUCGCAUUAGCAUGUAUUCCGCCCAGGACAGCUAUACCAUUCGCCGUCUGCGUACCGAGUUGGGUCCUCGUCUCGAUGAAUAUACCGAGGCUGAGGCCAUGAUGUCGUCGAAGCGUGAAGGCUAUCCACCAUUCUUUAGAGAGAAACCCCAGUCGUUGGCCAUUACCGAGGGUCAACCCGCCCAUGUCCAUUGCUUUGCCGUCGGCGAUCCCAAACCCAAUGUCCAGUGGUUCAAGAAUGACAUGGUUCUGAUCGAGAGCAGCCGCAUCAAGUUCCACACCGACGAGGAUGGCCGUUCCAUUCUGCGCUUCGAGCCUGCCAUGCAGUUCGAUGUUGGCGUCUACAAGUGCGUAGCUCGCAAUAAGGUUGGCCAGACUGUAGCUAGAUGUCGUGUCGUCAUUGCCACGUUGCCCGAUGCUCCAGAUUCGCCUGAAAUUUCUGCGGUCAGCGCCACCGAGAUUCUGUUGCGUUGGAAACAACCACGUGAUGAUGGCCACACCUCUGUUCUAUGCUACAGUUUGCAAUACAAACGAGCUGAUGCCGACGCCUGGACCACCAUUGCCGACAACAUUGAUCACGAGUUCUAUUUGGUGCACGACUUGCAGCCGAAUACCCAGUACCAGUUCCGUCUGGCCUCCAGGAACCGCAUUGGUUGGAGUGACAUGGGCAUACCGAUUUCUGCCUCCACCGGUGGCCACGAUGCCGCCAAGAUCCACAUUACCAAGGCCAUGAAACACCUGCAACAAAUGACGGAAAGUGGCCAUGAAGUGGUGCCCGAAGAGGAGCGCGUCCACACCGACUACCACUGUGAACGUGAACCACCCAACUGGGUCACCGAUCAUUCGGUCAACGAGAAGUAUAGCUUUAUUUCGGAAAUUGCCCGCGGAGAAUUCUCCACCAUUGUCAAGGGUAUCCAGAAGUCCAGUGAUGCCGUUGUCGUGGCCAAGAUCUUUGAAAUCACCGACCAGAACGAGGAAGAUAUCGUUGCGGAAUUCGACAAUUUCAAGACCCUGAGACACGAACGCAUCCCCGCCUUGUUUGCAGCCUACAAACCCCUGAAUGUGCCCAUUGCCAUUUUCAUCAUGGAGAAGUUGCAGGGUGCCGAUGUCCUGACCUAUUUCAGCAGUCGCCACCAGUACACCGAACAAAUGGUGGCCACCGUUAUCUUCCAGCUGUUGGAUGCUUUGCAAUAUUUGCACUGGCGUGGCUAUGCCCAUUUGAAUAUUCAACCCGACAAUGUUGUUAUGGCUUCGGUGCGUUCGGUUCAAAUUAAACUGAUCGAUUUCGGUUGCACCAAGCGUGUCAAUAAGCUGGGCGUCCAAGUUAGUCCUUGCGGCAAUUUGGACUUCCAAGCUCCCGAAAUGGUAAUGGAGGAACCAGUAUUCCCACAAACGGAUAUUUGGUCAGUGGGUGUUCUCACCUAUUUGCUGCUGUCCGGUACCAGUCCCUUCCGCGGUGUCGAUGAACACGAGACGAAACAGAAUAUUGCCUAUGUCCGUUAUAGAUUUGAGAAUCUCUUCAGUGAGGUAACACCGGAGGCGACCAGAUUUAUAAUGUUCCUGUUCAAACGUCAGCCACACAAACGUCCAUACACCGAAGACUGUCAGGAACACAGAUGGCUCAUGUCCUCCGACUACAUGGUCAAGAAACGCGAGAGAGCACACUUCCUGGGCAAUCGUCUCAAGGAGUUCUCCGAUGAAUAUCAUUCACAAAAGUCUUCCAGCGCCUCUCCCAAACUUGCCUCCAUCCAGGGUGGACCCACUCCAUCGCAACUGCUUCGAUCCAAUAGCAUACAGGAAGAACUGUUCACCACCUACUAAAUGCAUUAACUUCUUUAAUAUUUAAUUUAUAAUUACAACAACAACA